GGAUUUCCAGAAACUCAUACACAGGAUUUAAACUUUUAUUUUCGUUCCCUCAGUGUGGUGAGCACUUUCCCUUCAGUCUCUCUCUCUCUCCCUUUUCUUAUUCACUGCAGUGUGUUCGGUUCGGCAGGAACUUUGUUGACUUAUUUUGACAACAAACAGCGCAGUUUUCCGUUAGGCUCCGCCCCCCGGGACAGCUGUAGUAGCGAGCGCGCGCGUGUUCGCUCUCUCACACGGGCUCUGAGCGCGCGAGCUCACGCUGAGGCGCACUGCUCCUCUCCUUCACUGCAAACUCGGGAAACUUUCACAGCGUUCUCACGCUGCUUUCUGAACACCGGGAAACGGAAGUUCGUCGCUGCAGAGCGGGGAUUUUCCUCAGAUUUUACUUUCCGUCUUCGGUCUCAGUGAAUGAAUUAGCCGUGUGCUAACGGAAUCGCGGCGCGAGCGGCAUCCUGACUGAGUUUGUGAGGUAAGUUUCCCGCUGAAAGUGAGCCGAGUUUCCACUGAACCCGAACAGCAGGAUGUUCAGCUGGUCCAACAAGGACGGGAAGAAGAAAGAUCCGGAGCUGUUCCGGACGGUGGCGGACGGACUGAAGCGGCUUUACCGGACCAAAUUACUGCCGUUAGAGGAGGCGUACCGCUACCACGACUUUCACUCUCCGGCUCUGGAGGACGCGGACUUCGAUAACAAGCCCAUGGUGCUGCUGGUGGGUCAGUACUCCACCGGGAAGACCACCUUCAUCCGACACCUGCUGGAGCACGACUUCCCCGGCAUGCGGAUCGGACCCGAGCCCACCACCGACUCCUUCAUUGCGGUGAUGCACGGAGAGCUGGAAGGGCUCGUCCCGGGAAACGCGCUGGUGGUGGAUCCGAAAAAACCUUUCCGCAAACUCAACGCCUUCGGAAACGCCUUCCUCAACAGAUUUGUGUGUGCUCAGCUGCCCAAUCCUGUGCUGGAGAGCAUCAGCAUCAUCGACACACCAGGAAUUCUGUCUGGAGAAAAGCAGAGGAUCAGCCGAGGUUAUGACUUUACGGCAGUGUUGGAGUGGUUUGCUGAGCGAGUAGACCGGAUCAUUCUAUUGUUUGAUGCCCACAAGCUGGACAUUUCAGACGAGUUCUCUGAGGUGAUCCGCGCGCUGAAGAACCAUGAGGACAAAAUGCGCGUGGUUCUCAACAAGGCCGAUCAGAUCAGCACACAGCAGCUCAUGCGUGUCUAUGGCGCCCUCAUGUGGUCUCUCGGUAAGAUAGUGAACACUCCUGAGGUGCUGCGUGUCUACAUCGGCUCGUUCUGGACGCAGCCUCUGCUGGUGCCUGACAACCGCCGAUUGUUUGAGGCAGAACAACAAGACCUGUUUAGAGACAUCCAGAGUUUACCACGUAAUGCUGCUCUACGCAAACUCAAUGACCUCAUCAAGAGAGCUCGCCUUGCAAAGGUGCAGGCAUACAUCAUCGGCGCCCUGAAGAAGGAGAUGCCAAACAUGUUUGGGAAGGAGAAUAAGAAGAAGGAGCUGAUUGCUAAUCUGGGAGAGAUCUACACCAAGAUUGAGAAAGAGUAUCAGAUCUCUCCUGGGGAUUUCCCAAAACUCUCUAAGAUGCAGGAGCUGCUGGGAUCUCAGGACUUCACUAAGUUCCAACCGCUGAAGCCGAAGCUGUUGGAAUGUGUGGAUGACUUGUUGGAGAAUGACAUUGCAAAGCUUAUGACACUGGUGCGGCAGGAGGAGUUGGCCACACCUACCACUGCAGUGGAGGGUGGAGUCUUUGAGGGCGCAUCAGUGGGGCCUUUUAUUGGUGAUUAUGGUGAGGGCGUGUCUGAGGGCAUUGACGAGUUGGAGUGGGUGGUGCAGAAAGACAAGCACACCUAUGACGAGAUCUUCUACACACUGUCGCCCAUCAACGGCAAAGUGUCUGGUGCCAUGGCCAAGCGUGAGAUGGUCAAGUCCAAACUGCCCAACACUGUGCUCGGAAAGAUCUGGAAACUUGCUGACGUUGACAGGGACGGUUUCCUUGACAAUGAGGAGUUUGCUUUAGCUAAUCACCUGAUCAAGGUGAAGCUUGAAGGUCAUGAGUUACCUGCAGAGCUGCCUGCUCACCUGGUACCUCCAUCCAAACGUGCUCAAUAGAGCUCAUACCCUCAAUCUGACUAAGACCAAAACCACUAAAUCCUAAGCUCUAAAACACAAGUCCUACACACUAAGCUCUAAACACUACCCCUUAAUACCUAAAACAUUAAACCAUAAAACACUAAUCACUAAGACCUAAAACCCUAAACUCUAAAUCCUUAACCACUGAAGAGGUCAGAGCUGCACAUGUUCGUCUCCCUGCACAUUUUACUCUGAGUAAUGAUUAUUCACAUGAACACUAUCCAAUUCACUGCUGCAAUAAAAUAAACACUUGGGAGUUACAGAUUACAUUUCAUUAUUAAA